UGGGAGGUGCUAAGAUGGACGCUCUACAGGCUCGGGAGCGACUCCGGCGGAGAUACCUGUUCCCGCGGGACGUGGAGGUCCAGCUGGACCGCGAGGGCUACGCCGGGCCGGAAACCUCUACACCUGUUGAGAAAAAGGAGAAACCUCUUCCAAGACUUAAUAUCCAUUCUGGAUUCUGGAUUUUGGCAUCCAUUGCUGUGACCUAUUAUGUUGAUUUCUUUCAAGCCGUUAAAGAAAACUUUCACACCAAUAGUUGGUUUCUGUUUGGUGGUGCCUUGUUGCUUGUUAGCUUAUCGAUUGCAUUUUACUGCAUAGUCUAUCUGGAAUGGUAUUGUGGAAUUGAAGAUUAUGAUAUCAAGUAUCCAACGCUGAUACCUAUUACAACUGCUACUUUUAUUGUAGCAGGAAUUUGCUUCAAUGUUGCUUUAUGGCAUGUGUGGUCAUUUUUCACUCCACUGCUGUUGUUUACCCAGUUUAUGGGGGUUGUAAUGUUGAUCUCACUCCUUGGAUGAUUUCUAAAGGUGUAAGGGCAUGUCAGUUUAAAGUGAAUGAUUAACAUCCUGCUAGCUGAAAGCACCGCAGACAUGAUGGAAAAGCUACAGUGUGUUUUGCAUCUAUGAAGUGAAUGGUUUCCUUGGAAGAAUUGUAACUUUAUAGCUCUGUAGUUGAAAUCAGAAUAAAUUACAUUUCAUUUGCAUAUUCCUAAACUCAUUAUCGAAUUUUUCAGAUUCAAAGUAGAAAUAUUCUAUUCAAGACAGAAAUAACUAAUUUGCAGUGUUAAUCUGUUUGGAUCAUUGGAGAAACUGCUGGUGUAAAAAUUUAAAUGAAUUUUCAUUAGAGAUGCAUAAUGUACUCCGGAUAGUGUAGAGAUGUUGUUCACUCUUCCAUUUAAGGGGGGGCAGUUCAGUGUAUGAGAUGACUGGCUGUGUAUAAGGAAUGAUAGUGUCAUGUGCCUUUAACCCAACUUCAGCAAUUCCUAUAUAAUACCAUUUUUAUAAUAGUUUUGUUAGGAGGAGGACCAGUUGAAAGGAUUUUGUGUUUUCCCAUCACUUAAGAUUUUAUCACUGUGUAAAUUACUGGGUUUUUAGCACUUGUUUAAUAUACGAACUUUUAAUCAUCUUAAGUACGUGUAAUUUUUUUCUUAAUAUUUAAAUAAAGUAUUUCUAUAACUUU